GUUUUUAUUAUAUAAUGAAAAUUGCAUUAAUCGUCUUUUUGAGCCUGUCAUUGGUUUUUGCCACUAAGUUUAGUAGCAAGUACCACACAACAGCUGAGUUGAAUGAAGAAUUGGAAUCUUUAAGUAGAAGUUGUUCAUUCUUAUCUUUAUCAAAUGCAUCAGAAAAUCCAUAAAUAAAGGAAGUGAGCAUAAAUAGAAAUCAAAACAAAAAAUAUAGGGGUAAUUUGAUUCAAUUAAUAAAUAAAGCCUACAUAUUAUUUGGAGAGCACCCAAGAGAAUUGAUCAGUCCUGAAUCAGGAAUUCAUUUCUUAAAUGAUUUGUGUUAUGAAAAAAAUGAUCAAAAAAACAAAUAAAUUUUAGAUGAUUUUGAAUUAAGAUUGAUUCUAAAUGCAAAUCCUGUAUCAAGAUAGAAAGUAGAAGGAGGUGAAUAUUGUUUAAGAGAGAAUGAAAAUGGAGUAGAUAUAAAUAGAAAUUAUGAUGCACAUUGGGAAAAGGUUUAAGAUGAUGUAAGAUAAGUAACAUCAGGACCAAAUCCAUUUUCAGAACCUGAAACAAGAGCAGUUCGUGAUUCAUUAAAAGCAUUUAAUCCAGACAUAUUUUUAACUGUUCAUUCAGGUACUUUAGGAAUGUUUACACCACAUGCUUAUUCGACAGAUGCUGGUAAUAAAUGAAUUGAAUAAUUUAGCUGAACAUAAUGAAGACAAAAUGAUGGAUAUUUUAAAUGAUAUAUCUGGUAAAUAUUGUCCUUCAUGUGAUGUUGGAGUAGCAUCAUAAGCAAUAGGUUAUUUAGCACCAGGUAGUUGUGUUGAUUAUGCUUAUGAUGAAUUAAAAAUAAGAUAUUCAUUUGCAUUUGAAAUAUAUCAUGGAUCAAUAAAUUUAGAAGAAUAAUUGAAAUCUAGAUAACAUUCAAGUUUUUUAUAAUUAACAGGCCAAGAAUAAUAAACUAAAAAUAGAAAAUUCUAACAUAAUAAUAAUCAUUCUUGUUUCUUAUAAACAUCUUCUAAAUAUGAUAUGUCAAAAGAAGAAUGUUUUGAUUAUUUCAAUCCAGAUAGUUCCUAAUAUGAUUGGUAUGUUUAAAAUUGGACAGAAGCUUAUUAAGAAAUGCUUUUAAAAUUAGUCCAAGAAGAAUAAUCAUGAU